CGCAAUAGCUUCGGGAACGCUUCCGGGACCGCACCGCAGAACUUUUUUGGCGCGAGGGGGGACGGCGGCCGGGAGAUCGCGGUCCCUACUCCGCGUUCUGGUUCGUGUGGCGCCAUGCGCUACAACGAGAAGGAGCUGCAGGCGCUGUCCCGGCAGCCGGCCGAGCUGGCGGCCGAGCUGGGUAUGCGGGGCCCAAAGAAGAGCAGCGUGGUGAAACGGCGGCUGGUGAAGCUGGUAGUCAAUUUCCUUUUCUACUUCCGGACCGACGAGGCCGAGCCCGUCGGAGCUCUACUGCUGGAGCACUGCAGAGUCAACCAGGAAGAGCCCAGCGGCUUCUCCAUCAGCUUCAUUGAGGACCCAGAGAGGAAGUAUUACUUUGAGUGCUGCAGCGAGGAGCAGUGUCAGGAGUGGAUGGGAGCUCUUCGCCGAGCCAGCUACGAGUUCAUGCGCAGGAGCCUCAUCUUCUAUCGGAACGAGAUCCAGAAGAUGACCGGCAAGGACCCACUGGAACAGUUCGGCAUAUCAGAGGAGGCCCGGUUCCAGCUGAGUGGUUUGAAGGCAUGAAUCUGGGAUUGGACUUGGGCUCCUUGGCUUGACUCACUGGGGCACAAAGGAGCCCUCCUCACCCUCAUUGGGCUCUAGAUUUCCUAGCCAAGCCUGGAUUUUUGGAGUGAGGUGUUUUGGCUUAAAGACUUCAGUAGCCUAAGGCUGGUGAGGGUGGGCAGAGGCUAUGCCUUGGGACUCAUCAGACUAAUCCAGAUCCUCUUGGUGCCACAUGCUGCUGCUAGGGGAUGUGUCCACUCCCAGGAGUUGUGCCUGGCCCCAUCUAGGGCCUGGCAGACACCUGCGGCUGGUGCAGCUCUUUUGCCCUGUGCAAGCUGAAUGUAUGAUGCCAGUAAUGCUGUGAAGGGCUUGGGGGCCAUACCUUCUGGAAUGCUGUGAAUUCUGCUGAGGGCCAGAGUCUGGCCAACACCUCUGGGCAGAGCUGAAAGCAUUUGCCCUUGGGCUGGUGUGCUUGUUCUGUUCAAAUAAAGGUACCUCUUUUCCAUACAGGACAGUGGUGCAGUGAAUGCAGAGGGAUAUGUGUCCUACACAGGCUGGUAGAGCUGGUUCCCGAGGGAAUUGGGGAUCCUAGGGUACAGGUUCUUUCCAGAAGCAAGGUUGAAGUACCUGGGAGGAAGGGGCUAGGGCACCCAAAUUGAAAGAAGACCCAAAACCCAGAGCCUAGAAAGGCAGGGAGGCUGGGAGCCUAGCUCAAGGGCCCUGAGGGAGAAUGAGUGAGGUAGGGUGAUGGGAUCCUCAGAUGGCUUGUGACCUUACCUCCAGUUACAGGCUGACUCCUUGAGUGCAGGCAGGACCUUGGGAAAGGUUUGGUUUUAGUUCAUCAAAAGUGCUGUCCUUGGCAGGGGUGGGGGAGGAGCAGAGAGGCCUGACCUAGUCAGAUAUAAGCCCUAGAGGGUCUAGGCCUCCCUGAAGUGGACACUGUCUGCCACAGUCACAGCAGCUGCUUUCAGGGGCACAUGAGGGCCUCUGCUGGGGGUGAUUAUCCUCCCCACAUGGGGCCCUCAACGUUCUCUAAGGUCUCACCAUGUACUAACCAAGGAGAAAUGCCAGCAGACCAAGUUCAAGUGAAAACAAACAUUUUAUUACAGUCUAGAGAUGGAAAUUAGAGUGCAGUGGGGUUCCCUUAGGGAAAGAGGGUCAAGCCGGCAACCCAAAGGGAUGGGCCAUUCCAGUGCCCCCAACUGAAACAUGGUCUACCAGAACAAAGCAGGCUGGUCUGAGACACAAGACACAAGCCACUGUGGAUGGACCAUGGGAA